GGUAAUUCGAAUAAUCUUUCAACAAUCGACAUUGCAACUGGAUUUACCGGCGUAGGGACUUAUCAGCCGGUGCAAAUCGCUAUGCAAAUUGUGCUUAGCACUUAUUCUGGACCACUGUUGAUGAUGUUUGGUUGGUGGCAAUAUUUAGCUGGAAAAUCUGUUACAUCGAAUUCACUACCACAGAAGCGAAAUGCAGUACUUUUUUGGAUAUGUUUUGUGUUACAACUGAAUAUGUCUUUGUGUUUGUUAUCUCUUUAUAUUCAACGUUAUCAUCUCUUUGUUUGGUCUGUUUUUGCUCCAAAAUUUCUUUAUGAACUUUCUCAUUUUAUAGUAUUUACAGCAGUUAAUAUUUUGAUUUACGUUUAUGACAAGUUUGGCGUAUAG